AUGUCGCAACACGCCUUGUCCGACCAGCAGGUCAACAAUGAGCUCAGCAAGAUGACGGCGUUCAUCAAGCAGGAAGCCAUGGAGAAGGCCCGCGAGAUCGAGAUCAAGGCCAACGAGGAGUUCGAGAUCGAGAAGUCUAAGCUUGUUCGUCAGGAGACAGACGCCAUCGACACCCAGUACGAGAAGAAGUUCAAGCAGGCCACCAUGUCCCAGCAAAUCACCCGCUCCACUGUCUCCAACAAGACGCGACUCAAGGUUCUCGGCGCCCGCCAGGAGAUGCUCGACAACAUAUUCGAGGAGGCCCAGAAGAAGCUCGCUGAGGGUGCCAAGGACAAGGGCAAGUACCAAAAGGCUCUCAAGGGCCUUCUGCUCGAAGGUUUCUACGCCCUCAACGAGCCCGAGCUGCAGGUUCGCUCGCGUAAGAAGGACUACGACGUUGUCAAGAAGGCAAUCGAGGAGGCCGCCAAGGAGUACAAGAAGGAGCUUGGAAAGGACGUCACGGCAAAGAUCCAGGAGGACGACCCUCUCCCUGAGGGAAUUGCCGGUGGUGUAUCCAUCAUCAGCGGAAGCGGAAAGAUUGACAUUGAUAACACCUUCGAGGCUAGGUUGCGACUGCUGGAGGAGUCUGCAGCACCUGCAGUGCGAGAGGCUCUCUUUGGCAAGAAUCCUAACCGCAAGUUCACCGACUGA